AUUCCGAUGCGCGUAGAUUAUGGUUUUCAACCCUAAACCCUAACUCCAUUUUCAAUAUAUAACUGAUAAGCUUUCUUUCUCUGGUUCUUGAAAUUCAAAGGAUAAACUAUGAUUGUUGAUCAGUUCCCCGUCGGAAUGCGAGUAUUGGCGGUGGAUGAUGAUCCGAUUUGUCUCAAAGUACUCGAUACUCUUCUUCGCAAGUGCCAGUACCAUGUGACGACAACUAAUCAAGCAAUAACUGCAGUGAAUCUACUAAGAGAAAAUAAGAAUCAGUUUGAUUUAGUUAUCAGUGAUGUUCAUAUGCCUGACAUGGAUGGUUUUAAGCUGCUUGAGAUUGUUGGACUUGAGAUGGAUCUACCAGUUAUAAUGUUAUCUGGGUAUGGUGAUACCAAAUUGGUGAUGAAAGGGAUUACACAUGGAGCUUGUGAUUACUUGCUUAAACCGGUGAGAAUCGAAGAAUUGAAGAACAUAUGGCAACAUGUUAUCAGGAGGAAGAAGAAUGAUCAAAAGAAUCAACAAGAAUGUGGACCGACAGCAACUAGAGAUGAUCAUAACAACAGUAAGUUCAAUAGGAAAAGAAAAGACCAGGAGGAUGGUGAUGAAGAUGAUGAAAAUUUAGAUAAUGGUUAUGCUGACGAAACAUUAGUGAACCAAAAGAAGCCUCGGAUUGUUUGGACAGUUGAUUUGCAUCGUAAAUUUGUUUCUGCUGUUAAUCAUCUCGGUAUUGAUAAAGCUGUACCAAAGAAGGUACUGGAUUUGAUGAAUGUGGAGAAGCUGACUAGAGAAAAUGUGGCUAGCCAUUUGCAGAAAUAUAGGCUUUAUUUGAGGAGGAUAAGCCAUCAUCAUCAUCCUCAUCAAGCCAACAUGUCUAUGGAUUUGGGCGGUUUUGACUCUCCUUUUCCAGGAAUGACUUCUAGUUGGCUUCAAAAUCCUACUUUUAAUGCACUCAGCCUUCCUUUAUCUUCUGAACUUGUUCAAUUUGGUCAUACCCAAUCCAUAAUGGUUCCUAUGGGACAACAACCUCCGAAUAUUCAGAAGGGUAUUUCAGAUUUUUCUGGAUGUGUAGAGAAUCAUUGGCAAACUCAAAUUCAGCCUUCAAUGGUUAUGACUGGAUCCGUGUCUAAUCUUGAUCAGAAUAUGAAUAGUUCACUUAUGCAAGGGGCGGGAACAAAAAGUUUAGUUUUUGAUAGUGGUAACGAUUUGUUCAGAUGUUUUGGCGACGAACCGUUCAAUGGCAUUAUUCAACCAUCGUCUGAUAAACACGGUUUUGUCAUGGACCAAAAUAGGAAGAAGGCAUUGCAGAAUGAGUUUUCUAGUACUUAUGCUAACAAUGUUGGAUCGUUGGAAGAUCUAAUUCGUCCAAUCAUGAAUCAGGUAUCUAAUAAAUUAUAAUUCUAUUAUGUGUUGUCAAAUGAUAUCCCAAAUGCUUUUAGGAAUUGAGUUAGAUUAUGUUAUAUAUGUAGCUGUGUAACAUUGUUAUUUAAUUAUAUGCAUUAUCUUUGAAUUUGAUAAAAUU